AUGGAUGUAUACAAGCAAGAGCUUUACCUCAUAUUUAUGAAUGGAAAACCUAAUUGGACAAAAAAUGGAAUAUACAUGCCACAGCCACAAAUUUCAUCACACACCAUGCUAACGUCAUCUUGGGAAAUUCCGAUGCCACAUAGUUUAAGUGUUGUAAGACAGCUAAAGGGAAAACAAUUGCAAGAAGAAUUAGAAAAUCGUGGAACAAUAGUAGAUGAAAGAGAAAAUCGGGAUGAAAUGAUAAGAACUUUAGAAUAUGAAAUGGCAAAAGAAACACAGUCAAAAAAAAUUGGCGGUACAUCAGAAAAAACUCUCAGCAAUAAUACAAAUACAUCACAAACUAGUAAUUCUAUAGAUAUAAGCAUGUUUCCUUUGUUAUGUGGCUGGGCUUUGAAACACAGAAGAAUGAAUGGAUAUACCAUGCGAGAAAAACUAGUUGAGAAACAGGAAAGUGGUGAAUUAGCGCAAGAUGUUGAAAUUCCAGAAGUACCUUCUAUUAACAAUUGGAUAACAAGAUUCGCUGCAAAAUCUAAAAAAAACUUAUCUGAGCAAGCUAUAGCUAGUUCUUUAACGGUUUAA